AUGGCGAACAGAGGCUACGAUGUCGUAGUUGAUGUGGACGCAGAGGGCGACCUCGGCCACACCGACCUGCAAGAGGAUCUUGAAUUCCAUUCCUCAAACUUCGAGAAUGACCAACGUACCGCUAAAGCCCAAACCGACUCCGCACCUUUCCUAGGCGGCUCCUCCUCCCGCGGUCGCGACCGAUCCCCUGGCGGGACUCCUACCAAGCACAGCUGGUGGUCAAUCCACUACUACGAGCGAUUCUUCGACGUCGAUACAAAUGAGGUCUUCAAACGCUGCAUGGCGACGCUGUACCCGCGCUCAAACUUCCUCGAUGUCCUCGAAGGAAACGCGGAUCUCUACGGCCCAAUCUGGAUCGCGACGACCGUUGUCGUGAUUUUGUUCCUCACUGGCACAAUCUCUCAGUGGUUGUCCAACAAUGACGAUAAGCACUUCGAGUACGACUUUACGUUGCUGUCGGGUGCCGCGGGCCUUAUCUACGGGUACACCGGUAUCUUGCCAAUUGCGCUGUGGGGAGCUCUGCGCUGGUUCGGGAGCUCCACGGCUGAUCUGAUUGAGUGCUGGUCUCUGUACGGGUACUCGAAUCUGGUCUGGAUUGCUGUGGCGCUGGUCAGCUGGAGCCCGCUUACUGCGCUGAACUGGGCGCUUGUGGGUGUUGGCUUUGCGUGGACGGCUUUCUUCUUGCUGCGCAAUCUUUACCCGGUGCUGAAUGCUACCGAUGCUAAAGCGAGCAAGAUUCUGCUGGUAUUGGUUGUCUUGAUGCAUGCUGGCUUGGCUAUUGCGAUCAAGAUUCUCUUCUUUGCGCAUGCAAGCCCCGUCUCUAAGAAAAACAAGGACACAGGCAGUGACGAAAGUAAUGAGAGUACGCUACGCAUGAUGUUCUGA